GACUUCUUGUCUGCCGUGGAGGAUGUGGAGAACCAGUUUGCUAGCUCGGCGCCUAUGAACGCCGGGUGCUUGCGACCCUCCUCCUCCAGGCUGCAGGCUCAGUCUUCCAGGCCGCCCCCGGUAUGGCCUAUGGCUCCGUCAGAGACUCUGGGCCUGCCAGCUGUGGGCCUCUGCCUCCCAGCCUCCAGCAUUCCUGGGGCCACCGGCCAUCCAUCUUGCAUGGGAACCAUACCUCAAAGGCCUGGCUGUGCCUCCAGCAGCUGGACUGGCACCCAGAGAAGAGGGAUGCCAUCAGAAGCACCCCGAGAGCUGGCAGGACCCCUGUCCUUAGCCCCACACCCGCUCCUCACCUCCGAGAGCCAGCAGUGGUGGACUGGUGGCUUUGAGGGGCCUGAACAGGACGAAUUUGAUAAGAUCCUGGCAAGCAUGGAGCUAGACAGGCCGGGAGUGGAGCUGGAGGACCCCGCGUUGGCCAAAAAGGCCCGUGUGGUCGAUCAUAGUGUGGCAGGCAUCACGUCAUCCUGGGAGGAGCCUCUGGAUUCCACCAUCCACGGUGGGACACCACCAUCCCGCUUAAGACCAGGUGCCGCAAGCCACUUUCCUGUCCCACCUGCCUCCGCAGCUCCCGUUCGGCAAGUCUGUCCACAAGGGCCCCCUGUCCAAACACCGCAGCCUCCCCUCGCCACUGGAGGACCCGUCCAGGGCAGCCCUCAGCAUGGUGUCCCCAGUCGGCCAUUUCAGUCUCCAGAUGCCUGGUUCAGUGCUCUCAGACCUCGAACUCCUGCCUCAGACUGCUCCGCACCCUCGAGGACUGGUCCUGGGUUAUUUCCUCAGGGGCUUACACAGCCCCGAACACCAGUGUCUUCUGUUGAGUCUCCUCUCAGCACCCCAAAAGGUCCCCGUUCCUCCCUGGUUCCCCAGGGCGCUCUGCAGACGCCCAUGGUCACCAACCACCUGGUGCAGCUGGUCACCGCAGCCCAUCGGACACCCCAGCGGCCCACCCACUCCUGCCCCCAGGCCAAAGCGCGCCGCUUUCCGGGCCCAGCAGGGAUCCUGCCUCACCAGCACGAUGGGAAGAAUCUGGAGGAGAUCAUGGUUUCAGCGCCACCGACUCCAACUCACGGUGCUCUGGCGAAGUUCCAGACAGAGACUGCGCCGAGUUCCCAGGCGUCAGAGGAGGAUGACUUUGGGCGAGGACCAUGGCUGGCUAUGAAGUCUGCGCUGGGCCUGGAUGAGAGGGACCCUGGCUGUUUCUUGGGCACCUGCAGCAUCGUCAUGGUGCUGCGUAAGGCAGCCCUGAGGCAGCUUCCCGGGAACAAAGUCCCCAGAAUGGCAGUGAUGAUCAAGUCCUUGACUCGGAGUGCUAUGGACGCCAGCGUGGUUUUCAAGGACCCUACAGGAGAGAUGCAGGGGACGGUGCACAGGCUGCUGCUGGAGACACGCCAGAACGAACUGCGGCCUGGCUCCGUGCUGUUGCUGAAGCAGAUUGGGGUGUUCUCUCCUUCAACCCGAAAUCACUACCUUAACGUGACCCCCACCAACCUGGUCCACGUUUACAGCCCAGACUCUGGGGCCAGCAGCACCCUCCUGCCCUCUCAACCUGAGGUAAGAGGAGUGGAUCCCUGUCCCCAGGAUUCAGGAAGCCUCCGGCAGGGGGCGGCCAAACAGCCCAGGGAAGGCCCCAGAGCAGGACGCAGCCCAAAGGCAGGGGUGGUCCCGGAGGAAGAACUCCCUGAGGCAGACGACCUGGACGGCCUCCUGAGCGAGCUCCCUGAGGACUUCUUCCAUGGGGCCAGCGGGCACCCUCCCUGA